UGAUUGGAGAAGAAAAAAUUUUAUUUAUGUUAAAAAAUCUGCAAAAAUAACAAAAAUAUUGGCUAUUUUAUAUGUUUUAUUUGGAUGCGGUGUAAUUAAACUAUAAAAUAACAUGAAAUGUUUAACAAAAAAGUUUUGUAAUUUUUAAUAAUUAAAAAAAAACAAAAUUGCUUAAGCAACUUUAGCAAAUUAGUCAUUGAAAGAAAAGCGGCUCCCUAAAGCAAAAAAGAGAACCAGCAGAAUUUACAAAAACAGCAAAGCAACAAUAAUAACAAUAAAAAAAGUGCAAUUAGUAGACAAAUCCAUUAAUUUAAACUAUAAUUUCAUUAUAAAAGUAAUAAUAAAUAACAACGAAAAAUGUCUAUAAAGAAAGAUCUAUAUUACUGCAAAAACAUCGAUGACCUGGAAAAGUGUUCCGAGAUUCCUGAUGUCAGACAACGUAAAAUGCAUUAUUUACUGGAGACAGCAAAAAAACUUAAUGCUGAAGCUGAGAAAUAUUAUCGCAAAGGUGACGAGGAGUUGGCCUAUGUUUUCUACACAAAAUAUUUUAAUCUACUCAACAGCAUAUACAAGAAACCCGACUAUCAGGAAAAUAAACCCUUGAUAAGACAAAUGUUGGGCGAUAAUCGCUCCAAUAAAAUGACUAUGGAUCGUUUGGAGGCCUUAACUAUGUCACUAAACGAACGUUAUGAAUGUUUAAAUGCCAAGCUUAAAGCAAAAACUGUAGCUAAAUCAGCAACACCACCAUCGUCUAAUGAACAGUAUGCAAUGGUGUCAAAUGAUCGUUCUCGUUCAAAUUCUCCUAAAAUCUCAAAUAUAGACAUUGCCUUUAUGCGUUUAAUGUCUUGUCAGCAAUUAUUUGAGUCAAUGAAACUGCAAAAUGUCUUAGUAAUAGAUUGUCGUUCAGCGGAAGAUUAUAAAUCGUCACAUUUACAGUAUAAUUUGACGCUAAACAUACCAGAGGAAAUAAUUCAAGCUGGCAUGUCGGCUGGUAAACUGCAAGAUAAAUUGGACAAUGAAUCCAAGAAAUUGUGGUCAGCUAGAGCGGUUAAAAAUGAGGUUGUGCUAAUAGAUUGGAAUUGCUCUGAACCGAAUCCAUCGGAAGAUAGACCAAUUGCAAUAUUAUUGGAUAUUUUACAAAAUUGGGAUCCUGACGUAACAUAUCGUUCAUCCAUUAAAAUUCUCGAGGGUGGCUAUGAGUAUUUUCUCCUAAUGUAUCCCACCUGCUGUACGAAUCCCAUGGUGCAGGCACCAUCUGUACCGCAAAAUGAUCUUAAUCUCAUAGACGAUAUAGAAUAUCCCUCAGUAUUCGAUAUACAAAUGAAAGAUGAGAUAAUACUGAAUAUCAGUGAUACAACAAAUGCCGCAAAAUCACCGCCACCCAUGAUAAGCAGACCGGUAAUUGAUAGAGCCAGCAAACAGGCGGCUAUAAAAACCUAUGAUGAUAAGCAGAAGGACAUUGUUGAAAUAGUUAAAGAUCAGACGACUCUGUUGGAAAAGGCCAAGGAAAAUGAUGAGGAAUUGCAGAAGGUGGCCAAACAGUUGGAUAAUAUUUAUGAUAAAAAACAAUUAACGGCCUCGGAACAACAAUUGCUGUACAAUAUGAUGCAGUUGGAAAGUGCAGCAGAAGAUUUUAAACUAGAAAACAUGCGCUUACGCGAAGAACUAGAAGAAUACAAACGGCGCGAGAAAGAGGAAAAAGUUAACAUACCACCACAACUUAAGGUAGAGGUAGAAAAGACCACCAAAGAAAUUGAAGCUAAGAUUGAGGAACGCCAACGUUUAGAUGAAAAAUUGGAGCGAGAGAAACAACAACGUGCCUUACAAUUGGCUAUAGCUAGAGAAAAUAAACGCCAUUUAAAUGCCAAACUUAUUGAGGCAGAAAAACGUCAUACCGAACUUGAGGUAGAGUUCGAUAAUAGCGAUUAUGAGUUGGAGGACAAGCCAUUAGAGGAGCCUGAAAAGUUUAUACCAAAACCUAACAUACCACAAUUUGAUCGUUCUGUUAAGCCUCAACUGACCGCCCGCGUUUCACCGCCACAAUCGCCUAAUAUCUAUGCUUUACAAAGACAACGUGAUUUUUCACCAGUUUCGGGAACAACGGGUCGCGGUUUAACGGGCUUAAAAAAUCUAGGAAACACAUGUUACAUGAACAGCAUAAUACAGUGUCUUAGCAAUACGCCCCAACUGGCCGAAUACUGUAUAACGGACAAAUACAAAAACUACAUUAGUCGCAACAAUAAAACAAAAGGACAAAUUGUCGAAGAAGUCGCCGCACUAAUUAAAGUUCUAUGGAAUGGCAACUACAAAUGUGUAGCCAGCAAGGAUUUGCGUUAUGUUAUUGGUCAAUAUCAGAAAAUGUUUCGUGGCAUCGAACAGCAGGAUUCACAUGAAUUUCUUACUAUUCUAAUGGAUUGGUUACAUUCGGAUUUACAGACGCUAACCCAACCUGAAUACCUGCGUGAACCUAUGACGGCCUCGGAUAAGGCCUGGUUGGAUUUUACCAAAUCGAAAGAAAGUUUAAUUUUGCAUUUAUUUUAUGGCCAAAUCAAGAGUAUCGUUAAGUGCACCACCUGCGAUAAGGAGUCGGCCACGUACGAGUGUUUCUCAAAUCUCAGUUUAGAACUGCCCGAAAACAAUAACGUAUGUCACUUGUCACAAUGUUUGGAUAUGUAUUUUAGCGGUGAACGCAUACACGGCUGGAAUUGUCCCGGCUGCAAGCAGAAACGGGAGGCUAUCAAAAAGCUGAAUAUAUCGAAACUGCCGCCGGUGUUGGUGAUACAUUUGAAAAGAUUUUAUGCUGACACAGACUCCAUAACACCCUCCUACAAAAAGAAACAAAACUAUUUACGUUUUCCCCUAGAGAAUCUCGACACCUCACCCUACAUUACCAUCUCCGAGUCCAGACGCAACACCACAAAAUCCUAUGAACUAUAUGCCGUCUCCAAUCAUUAUGGUUCCAUGGAAAGUGGUCAUUAUACAGCAUUUUGUAAGAGUGGCACUUAUGGCCGAUGGUUUAAAUAUGACGAUCAAGUAGUUACGCCAUUGGACGCAUCGAAUGUAGUAUCGAGUGCUGCUUAUAUAUUAUUUUAUACACGUUUACAACCCUCGCAAUAUAUAUCGCAAACCUGUCGUCUCUAAUGCAAACGUUUAACAUUACUAAUACGUUUUGGUUUGGGUUUCUUUUAAUGUAAAACUACACUACUACAUCUAGUCUAUAAUAGAAAUUUGCCUUAAAAAAAAAGAAUUAUUCAAAAUAUAAUUAAUGAAUUUUCUUUUAUUUUAUUUUUUAGAUUAUUUUAUCUGUUGUUUAUCUUAAAAUAUACAUAUAUACAAUACAUACAAAUUUAUUUUUUAAUUGUUGCUUGUUAAUAGUUUUAAACAAAUUUUUAUUUUUUAAUAUUUACAAUUUACAUACCUAAAAUAUUUUAUA